GGUUCUCAGACUCGUGUCUUGGCCUUUCCAGCUGCUCUGAACCUCCUGUGUAGCAUCAGCCCACACCAUGACUUCCUUCUACAUGACCUCAAGCCAGCCUCUGGGCAGCACCCUGAAUCCUGGAGAAAGAAAUGUCUGCCCCUCCUCCGGUGAUAUUGGGUACCACCCUGGCUUAGAGGAAAAGGCUGCCUGCCAGGGCCUCCUGGCCAGCCUGGCACAUGUCAACCGAGUUCGAGUGGGGACCACCCCGCUGGGCCGACCCAAUCUCUGUCUGCCCAACAGCUGCCACAAUGCUUGCCCCUUGCCAGGAACCCGCAACAUUCCUGCCAACAUCGGAAGCUGUGGGGCCUACGGUGAAGGCACCCUGAACGGCCAUGAGAAGGUGACCAUGCAGUUCCUGAACGACCGCCUGGCCAACUACCUGCAGAAGGUGCGGCAGCUGGAGCAGGAGAACGCGGAGCUGGAGACCAAGAUCCGAGAGUGGAGCAAAUGCCAUGAGACCACCAUGUGCCCCAACUACCAGUGCUACUUCCAGACCAUCGAGGAGCUCCAGCAGAAGAUCCUGUGCAGCAAAGCUGAGAAUGCCAGGCUGGUUAGCCAGAUUGACAACGCCAAGCUGGCUGCCGAUGACUUUAGGAUCAAGCACGAGAGUGAGCACUCCCUGCGCCUGCUGGUGGAGGCGGACAUGUGUGGGAUGCACAAGCUCCUGGAUGACCUGAGCCUGGCCAAGGCCGACCUGGAGGCCCAGCAGGAGUCCCUGAAGGAGGAGCAGCUCUGCCUCAAGAGCAACCACGAGAAGGAAGUGAACAUUCUGAAGUGCCAACUGGGAGACAGGCUCCGGAUUGAGCUGGACACGGAGCCCACCGUGGACCUGAGCAGGGUGCUGGAGGAGAUGCGGUGCCAGUACGAGACCAUGGUGGAGACCAAUCGGUGUGACGUGAAGCAGUGGUUCGAAGCUCAGUCUGAAGGCAUCAGCCUGCAGGCCUCGUCCUGCUCUGAAGAGCUGCAGUGCUGCCAGUCGGAGAUCCUGGAGCUGAGAUGCACGGUGAACGCCCUGGAGGUGGAGCGCCAAGCCCAGCACCAGCUGAAAGACUGUCUGCAGAACUCCCUGUGCGAGGCCGAGGCCCGUUUCGGCACCGAGCUGGCCCAGAUGCAGUGCCUGAUCAGCACCGUGGAGGAGCAGCUGGCCGAGAUCCGCUGCGACCUGGAGCGGCAGAACCAGGAGUACCAGGUGCUGCUGGACACAAAGGCCCGGCUGGAGUGUGAGAUCGCCACGUACCGGAACCUUCUGGAAAGCGAGGACUGCAAACUCCCCUGCAAUCCCUGCUCCACGUCUGCUGCCUGUGUGCCUCCCGCCUGUGCUCCUCGCCCGAGCUGUGCCCCCUGCACCACUUAUGGGCCUGGCUCAGCCCGUGCAGCCAGCACUGGGAGCCGGUUCUGAAUGUCUGUGGACCAGCGGAGGCGGCUAAAGCAAGGGGAUACCCACAUAGCAAUGCUCAUUAGACAUUUCGGAAAUCUGGCUUCUAACUAUCACUGACUUUCCGCAUGCAUAGGCCUGUCCAAACCUACCAGGAAAAGUGGGAUCUCGAUGGGGAGCCAUCCCUCCCAGCUCCUGAUUUUCCCAGAGGGCUCCACACCUCCCUGGCUGGGUCCCGAUGACCAGUGGUGGCUCAGAGUAUCCACCUGGAGACACUCAGGGAUGGGAUCCGAUGGAAGAAUCAUUCGGGCUGAGUCUAGGGCAGUGAUAGUGAACCUUUUGAGCUCGGCGUGUCAGCAUUUUGAAAAACCCUCACUUAACUCUGGUGCCGUGUCACAUAUAGAAAUUUUUUGAUAUUUGCAACCAUAGUAAAACAAAG